GCUGCGGACGCUCGCGGCGUCUCUCGGGAGGGAGCGCCGCGCCUGGGAGGAGGCGGCGGCGGCGGCGGCUGAGGAGCUGCCCAGCCCGGCCGCUACGGUCGCCGGGGCCGCCGGUCUCCCGAGCAGCUGUCGCGAUGGAGCAGCUAUCAGAUGAAGAAAUUGACCAUGGUGCUGAAGAAGACAGUGACAAAGAAGAUCAAGAUCUGGACAAAAUGUUUGGAGCCUGGCUGGGGGAACUAGACAAACUCACUCAGAGUUUGGAUUCUGACAAGCCCAUGGAACCAGUAAAAAGAUCUCCUCUUCGCCAAGAAACAAACAUGGCCAAUUUUUCUUACCGCUUCUCCAUAUACAACUUGAAUGAAGCUCUGAGUCAGGGAGAAACUGUGGAUCUGGAUGCCCUGAUGGCCGAUCUUUGCUCAAUAGAGCGGGAGCUCAGCAGUAUCGGUGCAGGAAAUAGUAAGCGUCAAAUUGCAGAAACAAAAGCCUCUCAGAAAUUACCUCCUAGCCGACAUACAACAAAGCAUGGCACCUUGAAAGGAUUGUCUUCUUCAUCUAAUAGGAUUACUAAACCAUCACAUGCCAACUACUCCCUGGAGGAUAUUACUGCACAGUUAGACCAGGCCUCUUUGAGCAUGGAUGAGGCUGCUCAGCAAUCUGUACUAGAGGAUGCUAAGCCCUUAGUAACUAAUCAGCACAGAAGAACGGCAUCAGCGGGCACGGUGAGUGAUGCUGAAGUGCGCUCUAUGAGUAACUCCUCUCGCUCCAGCAUCACUUCUGCAGCUUCCAGCAUGGACUCUUUGGAUAUUGAUAAAGUAACGCGCCCUCAAGAACUGGAGUUGACACAUCAGGGGCAGCCAAUUACUGAGCAUGCUAUUUCUCUGAGAUGUCCCAGCAAGCCGGCCAAGCGUCAUAUUGACUUCACAGAAGAACAGGCUGAGCUGACACCUCACUCCUAUUUGGACAGGGAAACCUCCCUUCUUCUGAGAAACAUUGCAGGAAAACCUUCUCAUUUGCUGACCAAGGAAGAACAAGCAGCAAAAUUGAAAGCUGAGAAGAUCAGAGUUGCCCUAGAGAAAAUUAAAGAGGCACAAGUGAAAAAGCUGGUUAUUAGAGUCCACAUGUCUGAUGAUAGUUCUAAAACAAUGAUGGUGGAUGAGAGACAGACGGUGAGACAAGUGCUGGAUAACCUGAUGGACAAAUCCCACUGUGGUUACAGUUUAGACUGGUCACUGGUAGAAACCAUCUCUGAGUUACAAAUGGAGAGAAUCUUUGAAGACCAUGAAAACUUGGUUGAAAAUCUUCUUAACUGGACAAGAGAUAGUCAAAACAGGCUUAUGUUUAUGGAGCGUAUAGAAAAAUAUGCACUUUUCAAAAAUCCACAGAACUAUCUUUUGGGGAAAAAGGAAACGGCUGAGAUGGCAGAUAGAAACAAAGAAGUGCUGUUGGAGGAAUGUUUUUGUGGAAGUUCUGUAACUAUACCAGAAAUUGAAGGAGUCCUUUGGUUGAAAGAUGAUGGCAAGAAGUCCUGGAAAAAGCGUUACUUUCUCUUGCGAGCAUCUGGUAUUUACUAUGUCCCUAAAGGAAAAGCGAAGGUUUCUCGGGAUCUGGUAUGCUUUCUCCAGCUGGAUCAUGUCAAUGUUUAUUACGGACAGGACUAUCGGAACAAAUACAAAGCCCCGACAGACUGUUGUCUGGUGCUGAAGCACCCACAGAUCCAGAAGAAAUCUCAGUACAUCAAAUACCUUUGCUGUGAUGAUGUGAGGACCCUGCACCAGUGGGUCAAUGGUAUCCGCAUUGCAAAGUAUGGGAAGCAGCUCUACAUGAACUACCAAGAAGCCUUAAAGAGGACAGAGUCUGCUUGUGAUUGGACUUCCUUAUCCAGCUCCAGCAUUAAAUCAGGAUCCAGUUCUUCCAGCAUCCCAGAGUCUCAGUCAAAUCACUCAACUCAGUCUGACAGUGGGGUGUCCGACUCGCAGCCGGCGGGGCACAUCCGUUCCCAAAGCAUCGUGAGCUCCAUCUUCUCCGAGGCCUGGAAGCGAGGCACUCAGCUGGAAGAGUCCAGCAAGGCCAGAAUGGACUCUAUGAAUCGAUCCUACACUUCACUUAUGCCCCCUUUAUCCCCACAACCUAAACUAGUCAGCCCCCACACAGCCUCCCAGCCUUCGCCUCCUCUCCCACCCCCACCCCCACCCCCUCCUCCUCCACCUCCACCCCCGCCUCCCCCUCCCCCUCCUCUGCCCAGUCAAUCUGCACCUUCUGGGGGCUCAGCAGCCACAAUGUUUGUCAAGUACAGCACAAUCACCAGGCUGCAGAACGCCUCUCAGCAUUCAGGACCCCUGUUUAAGCCCCCACCACCCUCGGUGAUGCAGUCUCUGUCCUCGACCUCACAGCCAGCAAAGCCUCAGAUCCCGGUGCCCCCCAACGGAGUUGUGCCCCCACCCCCGCCCCCUCCACCGGCCCCCACCCCUGGCUCGGCCAUGGCCCAGCUCAGACCCGUGCCUUGCGCCCAGUCCCUCCCACAGUUCAGCCCCCCGCCGCCUCCACUGAAGAUUCAUCCUGUCCCGCACGGUAUUCAGGCGGCCCCUCCCACCCCCCCACCCCCGCCGCCUGCCUCUCCCCAAGCUCCUCCCAAACCGCUGGUGACCAUGCCGCCCACCGUCACCAAGACGGCGCCCCCCGUGGUGACACAGGCCGUGCCCCCUACUCCUCUUCCCCCCGUCCCCCCCGCAAAAAAGCCGGCUUUCCCCCACAUCCCGCCCUCUCCAGCCGCUCCUCCGGGUCCCGUACCCCCGCCCACGCUCCCCAAGCACCAGAGCUUCGGCGGGAAGCCGCCGCCCGCCCCGCCGUCCCCCGGGCUCUCGGUGGUGAAGGCGAUGGCCAGCCAGUUCCCCCCGCCGCCCGCGCCCGCGGAGCCGCAGCCCUCGAAGCCGGUCCCCGCGCACGUGGCCCCGCAGUCCCCUCCCGCCGUGAAAGCCAAGCCCAAGUGGCAGCCCAGCCCCGUCCCUGCCCCUUCCCCGGACUUCCCGCCGCCGCCCCCGGAGAGCAGCCUGGUGUUCCCCCCGCCUCCCCCACCGCCACCCCCGCCCACCCCGCCUCCGCCCACCCCGCCCCCGCCAGCCACCCCCACCGCCCCCGCCCCGGACAGAAGCGGGUCUCCCGGCAAGAAGGCGGGCAAGACGGCCAGCCCCGGGGCGAAGAAGCCGCCGCCGACCCCGCAGCGCAACUCCAGCAUGAAGUCCAGCGGUGGCGCGGCGCCCCCCGAGCCCAAGAGGCCCUCGGUGGACAGUCUGGUCAGCAAGUUCGCGCCGCCCGCAGAACCCUCUGGGUCUCCCAGCAAGGACGCCCCGCCGCCGCCUGCGGCGCCCCCCAAACCUGGGAAGCUGAACCUUUCCGGAGUCCACCUCCCUGGAGUCCUCGCCCAGGCGGGCGCGGCAGCCAAGGCCGCGGCCCUGAGUCCGCGUGGCAAGGACCCCGUGGGGGAGUUCCCUUCUCCUCCGUCCGACUCUGACUUCCCGCCCCCGCCCCCCGAGGUGGAGCUCCCCCCGCCCCCCAUAGAGAUCCCCGCGGCCUUCCUGGGAGCCGCUUCUCCUAAGGUGGCCGUGGUCAGCCCGCAGCCGCAGCCAUGGUCCAAGCCGGCGGCGCGGAAGGCCCCGCCGCCCACGCGGCCCAAACGGAACGACAGCACCCGCCUCACCCCGGGGGAGCCCUCGGAGCCGCCGGCCGCCGUGCCCAGCUCCCCCAAAGCCGGCCUUGGGGUCCAGCCCGGGUUCCUGGCCGACCUCAACCGGACACUGCAGCGCAAGUCCAUCACGCGGCACGGCUCGCUCUCCUCCUCCCGCGCGUCCAGAGCAGAACCCACGGCCACCAUGGACGACAUGGCAUUGCCCCCGCCUCCCCCGGAACUGCUUUCUGAUCAGCGGAAAGCUGGCUACGGAGGCAGCCACAUAUCAGGCUAUGCAACCUUGCGGAGGGGACCCCCUCCCACCCCCCCUAAGAGAGACCAGAACACCAAGCUCUCCAGAGACUGGUAGCUACCGCAGGUCUUUACUGUCAUGGUUUCUGUAAUCAGUUCUACAAUCAGCUCGCCUGGUCAUCUAGGAAUUCAGGUGUCGGAGCCUUCUGGUAUGUUAUUCAGGUAGUGUCCAGCUGUGUGCGUGUAUGUGUACAUACCUCUACAGUGUGUGUAUGUAAGUGUGUGUAUAUAUAUAUAUGCGUAUAUAUAGCUGGGAGUGAUUCUAUUUAUUCCCUUUCAUAAUCUGAAAGUGGGUUUUGUGUAUUUUGGGCACAAGAGGCGUGGAAGGGGAUGUGUCCUUUCCCUUGAGAUUUCUAUUAUCUGUCAUGUGGAUUGGACCAAAACAACUUCUGAUGACUUUAGAAGGUAUAUUGUAAGUCUCCAUGUGCGGCUACCUGUGCAUGUUACUAUGUCCUGAGGAGUACACGUACAAUGUGCUGUUUCUCAGUUUGAGAAGACAGCCACGACGUUUGGUGCCUCAGUAGGGCUUUUGUUUUUCCCCGGUUGGCUGAAGUUAGAACUGCUUGAUUGACACUUCAUUACUGUACAUAAAGGGGCACUUUAAUCAGGAAACUCUCAGCUUCAUAGAACGGGUCAACAGUGCGGUGUGGGGGAAUUUCAGUCACUACACGGUUGUGCAGUAACCACCAUUCCAGCUGCAGUGCAGCUGCAGUGACCGCUGAACCUGGGACGUGUUCUCACAGGUAAGCUCUUUGCCUACAACACGUGGAUAAUGUAGUACUGUAAUCUUGGGUGUUUUUAUGCUGUUGGAAUCCUUCCGUGGGCUCUGUGAAGCUUCAUCAAGCGUGGCUUCACGAUCCUUGCUUUGACUCAUGUAAGAACUAUCUGACAUUGUGCCCUGCAAUGCUCAGUCCAGGAUGUCUUUGGGUCACUAGUUAUCUUCUAAGUGUGUGCUUUAGGUAGAUGUUGAUCUUAGGGAUCUGUAAGCGUUGCUAUAUCAAGUAUUCCCAUCCUAUGUCCAAUAUAGUGCAUCAUCAUGGAAAACAGAUCACCUUCUGAAACGUCUAUAUUGCUCUCUAGAAGGUCGGGGUGAUUACAAAAGGAACAAAUGGCCCCUGUGCAGGUAUCAUUCACCAGGUUGUACAGGGAUUGUAAUGUGUAAUACAAAGGAUCUCUGUAAGUGUGAGACCAUCAUGGAGGGAGGGAAAUGAAGACGCCUGCUGCAGCCAGGUGGGGAGUAGUGUAGUCCAAGCACAGUGAGUGGCAUUACAUAUUAUGCAUGUGCAGUUAGGCAUAACAAAUCAUUGCUCUGACUCAGUAAUCCUGUGUGCUUCAUGCUACACUUCAUGUGUGUAUUUUUUCCCCUGUGAAUUUUCUUUUGUAUCUGAGAAAAAUGUGAUAAAUUGACCAUUAGGAAUAAAACGCAGUCUCAGAGCUGCUCUUAAACAAAAGAACAAAGACUAGCUCCCCCAGGAGCAAUACGUGAGCAAAUCUUGUAAUGAAGGUCUGCCUGUUGUGGCUAAGGAUGACCAGGGCAGAAACCUCCUGACACUGUCCCAUAAGGAAAAAUGUGCCCAUGCAGUGGAGCAGAUAGGAAUUAGAGAGUAAGUGAAAGUUAAGUAUGCAGUGUCCAGAUACCCAUAUAACCCACUCCAAUGAAGGGUUGCAUCAGAGUAAAUGGCACCUACCUCUCCAUUGCCACGUCUGCAGGAUGUUGUUCAAUAUAUUCAUGUGCUUGUAGAGCACUCAGAACAUAGACCAUUGUGCAUUUUUUAAAGCCCUGCUUCUUUAACACUAGAUUGCCCAAGGAAGUCAUUUUGACUGCUUUUUAAUUUCAAUUAGAAAAACAAUUAUGUGUAUAAGGACACAAUGUCUUAGAAUUUUGUGACUUUUUAUACAACAUAUAAAUACGUUUAUUAACAAUUGUAGUUACCUCCCCCUCCUUCAUUUCCGGUAUAUAUAUAUAUGUGUUAUACCUAUAUUGCCCAAAAGCAGUCAUUUUGACUGCUUGGGAAAUUAUGACUCUUAUUAUUGAAUUGAGUAAAUUUCUUAUAUGACCAGUUCGGCUCUGUAUUGAAAUAACAGUUUUCAUUUUUUUUCAAUUACCGUCACAUGAUAACAUACAAGUACAUGAUAAAUUGUCGAUACUUGAUAAGUUGCAGUUGCUCAAUAAGCUAAACUAGUACUUGUUAUUUGAAUCUUUAUGCAGUGAUACUUGUUCUAAUAAGUUGUUUAUUUCUUUUGUGCCCUAAAUUCAUGAAAGAAAUGUCGAAUAGAAGUGAGUUAUUGGAAAAGCUAAGGAACGUAAGUGAAGAGUGCUCCGAUAUUAUUCUUUCACAAUGCAGUCAUUUUGACUGCUUUUGGGCAAUAUAGGUAUAUACUAAAUUUCAGUCUUUCUAGUGUUAAAAGAUACUUUUUGGGUCUUUUCAAUUGUUCACAAGGUCUGUGUGCUUGAUAUCGUUAUGCUUAUGAAGUGACCUUUACCACAUCUGCAUUGUUGAUUUAGGCAUGCACAGCAAUUUGGAUAACAUUUGAGUACAGAUUGCCAAGCUUCAGUGUGAAUCAUGAGUGAAAUAAUUUCCCAGUCUCUGCCUGCAGUUUUAUAUUCUAAGAAUCACCCUUAUUUGUGAAGUAAAAGAGCUAUUAGGAAUAGGAAUCCAAUGACAUAUUCACUAGGGGUUUUUACUGUGGUGGUGUCACUUUUACAUGAAGGUGGACAAUUUCAACUUUUGUAACGUACCCUCAAUCAAUGAUUUGAACCCUAAGGUACAGCCUGUUCUUUUUCAGUGCGGGCUUUCCUGGGACUUCUUGCUGUGUCAGUGCUGAUGACAGCCCUCCUAGACUGAUGCUUUUGGUGCAUCAUUCUCCUGAAAGAGCAGAACACUAGGGACACCCAGGAGAGAGCUGGGUCGGGGAGGAACUGUCAUUUAUACCCCAAUCCAUUGGCAUGUCUGACCACAGGCUGUUUACAUUUCUCCAAAGAUGGAAAAGGCUGUUAUCUAUGUCAUGGUGAAACAACUGAAUCAUAAACAAGUAACACUUUAGAUUAUACUUCCAGUAUUUUAGCUCCCUGAUGGAGUUUUUUAAUUUGGAUUUUUAUUGGGAUGAAGUUUUGUGGGUGUUUUGUUUUUGAGACUAUUUUUAUUAUUUUCUCUGGUGUGUGCAUGGUAAACCCUACUGCCAGAUGACACUAGUUCUGUGCCUUCUUCCACUGCCUCCUGCUCAACAGCAUAGAAUCCCCAGGUCAAAGAAGGAAGCCGGACAGCUGCCUGGGCUGUGCUGAAUGUGGACGAACAUCUGUGGAAGGCAGUGCAGACAGUUGUCUAUUAGAGCUAGUGACUUGGUUAACUUGAGGGUGUCACUAAUCACCCUACAAUUAACGUUUUGGUACCAACUCUGAAGUCAGCUACAACUUAGAUCAGGUUUACAGGCAUUAAUAUAAAUGUUUGGCUACUCUCUAUUGAAAUGUUACCAGCUUGGCUUUUAUUACUCGAAUAAAUACAUUUUUUCCCCUUAGCUACUAUAAUGCUCACUUGGGAAAACUAUAUUUUUUUUCUUUUUUAACUAUUCUUAAGGUUUUUACAGAUGCCCACUUAACGAUAAAUUGGAUUUUUAAAAUUUGAGACUUUUUAAAAUGAGAAAGAUUGCUGACUCUUACAAGUUAUAGGACACGAUUUUAAUCAGAAAAUUUCAAACAAAGUAAUGUGGACACAGUGUUUUCCAGUCCUCUGAAAUCAAGGUGCUGCUGGCCACUGAGGGCAUAUUCUGCUAAGAGCUGUGAACUAUCUUAGAAGUCCCUCUCUACGUAAGUUUACUGCACUGAAAACAGUGCUGAGGUUAUCAAGAAAGUUUAAAUAAAAUUAGAGCGACAACGCAGAUCAAAGUUCAUAGGAGCUGUGCAUCCCAUUAGAGUUUCAGAAGCUGCUAUCCUGGGAAAAUAGUUGUUAAUAAGCUUGUGUCAGAAAUGUGAUGUCAUAAAUUUAGCCUGAAAAAAUUCUCAGGUAAUGAUGUGGAUUGGUUUGAUUUGACUAUCAGGUCACCAACAGAACUGUUUGUCGCCUUCCUUCUUCUCUUAAAAGUAAUUUUAUUUUAAAAAUAUAAACGCGUUAUGUUAAAAUUUUUAAAUGCGUAAAAAACUUUUCUUAAUUUUAUGUUACCAAAUUUUUAAAACAUGUCAUCUAUAGAUGUUUAGAAAACUGAUGUAAUCUCACAGAUUUUAUUCACAUUUAGACCAAGUAAACCUGAAUCACCCUGACUUGCUUUAAGUGAAAUAGGAAUAAUUUGGAUUUAUACACUUGAUGAGAGGAUUCUAUCUCUAAAAAUCACUUUAGGUUGCAAGCACCUUUUGGCACUUUUGUGUUUUGUUCUAUACACUUUACAUCAUUUGUAUAAAGCAGGAUAUCCCUGAUCCUGCAGAGAUAUGGGACUGCUCAUAAGAUUGAGAUCUGAUCCACAGAGAGGCGAGUAGAACAGAAAUAUCCCACUAUCUUUUACGAUUUAUUUUCCUUUAAAAAUUCAAGAGACGUACAUUUCUACACCUUACUGGCCUAUCCCUUAACUAAGUGCUCCAUUAUUGUUGUAUACUUGGAAGGUCUAUAUGUAAGAGAAAUCUGAUAUUUAUCUGUAAAAUAAACUUGCUAAACAAAAAUAAGCAAACAAUAUACUUGAUAAAAAGAGGGAAAAAUCUCCAAUUGGUUUGCCCUUCGCUUGUUCGAGUAAUGAACCGUUUUGAAGAGAAAACAGUAUCUGCUAUAAUCCCCAGUGCCUUGAACUCUUUGGGAGGAAUAGCAUUAAAAAAAACCUAACAAGCAAAUUUUGAGGUGCUAGUGAAAAGGAAGGUAUUUCUAGUUUAUGCAAAAAUAGAAAAAGUCACUAUCUCACAAGAGAUGGCGCCAUCUGCCUAACGAGGACUGGCUGCUUUCUACCAAAGACAGAAGUGAGUGUGUUGGUCACAGACGGCUGUUGACACCUAGCUCAGCUCAUAAAUGCUGAAGCUUUCUUAGGCAGAAUAUGCUUGCAGCACUUAGAGGGGAAAACCUCAGCAUCUUUGGAACUAUCCACUGUUUCCACUGUUGAAUUUAUGGUAACCUAAUACCAAAAACUGCCAUUUUCCAUGAUUGCCGUCUCUAUAUUUUUCCUUUACUUGUAAAUAAUCUCUCCUAGAAGGUAAGCAUUAACUGGAAUGUUUCAAAUGAUGUUUAAUUUUAUUGUCAGUCACUAGUGAACUCCUUUUAUAGAAAUGUACAUUUAAAAUAAAAUAUCAUUAGCUUGUGCUAAAUGGUGUAAAAACAUUGUUUACUAUUUUAAAGGAAAAUUGCACAUAAUAUAUAACUGGGAUUGCUCCCUCUCUUCCCAUUUCUUUAAAAAGUUAAAUCAAGGCUCACAUUGACAUGUAGGCUGUGGGAAGCUUUGCUAUAAAUAAGUAAAUAGAUACAACAUAGGAAUGUACUUUUUUAAAGCAUGAAAAGAAGACAAAAGGAACUGCAUUAUAAAGUAGCCGAUAGAGGACAUUAUUCAAAUGAUUAUGCACAGCUCGGUGAAGAUGAAGUUACAAUUUUUCUUUCAGCUUUGUUGAUAUUAUUUUCUUGUUUAAAUGUACGCUCUCAUUUCAUUAUGUGCCUUGCUCCCUGAUUGUGCAAACCUAUAGAUAUAUAUAGACAUAUAUAUGAGAGAGAUAUAUUCAGUACUACUGACGAUGUUUUUGUUCUACUGCUAGAUUAAGUUAUUUUCCAAGUUACUCUUGCCAGUGAAGUAUUGUAAUGGCUUAGGACAGUAGUCAGUCAGUGUAAAUUUGUUUUCCAGUUACAUGUUUUCACCAUGUCAGCUUACCCAACCCGUAAUAAAAAUAAUUCAUAGAUUUCGUUUAAACAUGGGGACUUCACUUGACUGUUUGUGGAUCGGCACCAUUAAGAACCUGGUUUUGCUAUUUAUGUUGGGGUACCCUAAGUAGGUUGUGCAGUAAGAACAAAUUAAGUGUGAAAGUGAAAUACAAUUUGAAGUGUUCAAUUGGUUAAUCUUUAAGCACACAAACUAGGACGCUUUGGUUGUUAAAUAGAUGUUUUUUUUCUUUUAAACAGAAGUACAAACUAGUACAAAAGGGAUCCUUUUUGUUCAAAACUUUGGUAUCACAAUUAUGUUGGACUGCUAUGUCAAGGUAUGCAUAAAGGUGUAUUUACAAAUCACUUUAUCAUUUACCGAAACUAGAGGAAAAGUGAUCAUAAAACUUUAGGUCCACCUACAGCAAAAAUAGUGAUAGAAAACAGCUGUCUUGAAGAAAAGAAAUUUCACAGAGAUUAAAAUUCUUUUAAGGCUCAACAUUUUAAAUAUUUGAAGUUUGAAGACUUACUAAAAAGGAGCUGCUGGUUUGGAGCAACGGGAAGGAUUCUCUCCACACUUGUUACAUACCACCUUAGAAAGAAAGGAGGUUACUUGCAUAAAUAAUUCACAAAACACUUAGAUACUUUGUGGAAUUUUAUUUAGGUCAGUUCUUAGUACACAGCAACAAUUCCAAAUACAAUUUCAAAAUUAAGAAGUGAAUGCUCCCCACGCACGGAGGUGGUUUAAUGGCGCACACGAACAUCACCGGCAACGAUGCUCCCUCAGCUUUCCUGCGUGGCUUUUACUCACACCACCAACCUUCUCUCUGGGAGCUAAAAGUACAACUGGCCAGAUCACAUUGUUUACCUUUUCUUUGUAAACCAUUUAGUUAAGAUAAAAGUUUCAGGGACACAAAAUAUUAUAAAAACUGCUUUUUCAUAGCAUUCUGAAGUUGCAAAAGACAUUUCCAUUUUAAUGUGAAAAUAAGUUUUUUGGUUUUGGGAUGUUUUUUUGUUUACUAAAGAAAAAAAAUCUCAAGAUAUUUAGCAAGGAUUAUUUGUCCUUUAAAGAAUUAUGUGAUCGAUUCUCAAUAAGAAAUAGGAACAAAAAUCAGCAUGAAGUAAAUCUAAGGUAAUGAACGCAAUGUCUGUUUAACGAAAGCCUGUUUUAUAAGGCUGCUUGCUGUGCUCCUACCAGUGCUGAAAGAACAUUUCUGCUACAUCCACCUAAUGGAAAAGGCCAUUUGUACUGAGUAGUUAUUAAGGUUGCAGUUAGUACACGCCUUUAAACAAGUUUACUUGAACGAAUACUGUGGUGGUAUUAACUGAAAUAAUAGCUUUUCAAGUAUCUUCCUGAAGACAUCCAGGAGAAUCUUAAUUUUUGAAGAAACAUACAGCAUAUUCAUUUAAGACACUAGAAAUAGUAACGAGCGGCAGUCAGAAACUACCAUUAUUAAUUAGCUCUUAUCUGAAAUGAACCAUCUAACCUCUUCAGUAAAAUGAGACUGAACUACAAUCUCUUCUAGCUCUAAAGCUAUGAUCCUAAAUAAAUCAUGUGAGGGAAAUCACCAAUCAAGCGUUUCUGGUCUGAGUAGUUCAGAAGUGAUUCAGGCAGGUCCCCUUUCUUUCAGGAUUGGGCAGUCACCUGCCAAUUCCUCCAUUGAAUCCUUUUCAAAGGGAAAGGGGGCCCUGCUCUCCACUGAGCAGAAAUAAAAUAAUUUGAAAAUAGUUCCUAAUGCAGAAUGGUAACCUGCUAAAAGAAAACGGACACGAAAGGAUAAAAGCCAACUACCAUCAUUUUGAGGCCUCUCAAAUCAUCUUCAAUCAACCUGAGACUGCCAAGGAGCACAGCUACAUUACAGAAAUCCCUGGGAAGGUGAACAAGACGUUCUAGUUGGGUAAUAAACAAGCAGAAGGGGAAAGGACGGAGGGAAAAACGCCCCACCUGGUGACCUCUAGCAAUACACAGCACAGUAGCAGGCCCUUGCAAACUCUACAGUGGCCCAGAGGGAGAUAGACAGCAAAUAGCCAAAAGAUGGAAAAUACUGAAGAAAAGAUCCCUAUUUAUUUUAAACACAGCAGGCGGAAUCUCUUAGGUCUAGAUCUUGACACGUUGAUACUUUUUGUUUCUGAUUUACUGCCUUGGCCAUUAGGUCAGAGACAAAAGUAUUUUGAUUUAUACCACCAUGGCCUUUCAAACAACUGUACCAAAAAAUAAGUUAAUUAAAAGCAGUGACUUAAAAGUUGUUCCUUUUUUUUUUUUUU